AUGAACGUUCUCGUCGUCUGGACAACGCUUAUUGCGAUUUUCAAGUUUUCUUCUGCUUUACCCAGUUACCCGGUCGUCGGCUUGGACUUGCAUCUGCUGUUUGACAACACGGCCGCUUCACCCAAUGGCUCGGCCGAUUUUGAUGGAAAGGGGGCGUCGUUUGAUAGUGGCUUUUUGCCGACGGGUCCAUGGGUGUAUGACAACAUCGAGUAUGCGCUUCCUUCGGAAUGGGGUACAUCCAACGACAACGUCAUAGCCGAUGGACAAAUCCUGUACUUGGAUGAACCUACGUUCCUUCAUGAGCUCCACUUUCUCUUUGCAGGUGACGCCGAUUCAGGUAGUCCUGUAUUCUUUGGAAGCGUCUUCACGCUUACAUUCACUGACAACUCUACGCAAGACGUUGAACUUAUUACGUGGAACUGGUGGAAGUGGCCGGUCAUCAAUAAUGGCGUCAUCCACACACCAUACCACUACGAGUCUGGGGGAGCGCUGAAGAACGAAAACAUGACAGACAUCUUCCAGUGGUCCACUGCGACACCGUCAGAACUCGCCGUGACCAGCAUCACGUUUCCAAGCAUUGCAGACGACAACAGAGCGCACAUUUUCGCGAUGGCCAUCUCGCCUUCAGUGACUCCUGCAGAGGCCUCAGAGCCCGCGUUGGCCAUACGAAGAGCUCGGUUCACCACCCUUUGGGAAGCCGUAAACGGCACCCGUGCCCAAGUUGUGGAGGUCACGGUAGCGAAUAUGCUCCCGACGCGUCUUUUGUCUGCGGAGACAUCUCUUCUUUCGAAGCAUGUGGUUUCCGUGUCUGGUUCUGGCGUCGAAACAUUAGUUCCAGGUAUUGUCAAUCGACUGGUGCCAGGCGAUCAGGUCACAGUCGAAGUUUUGGUGUCGGGAAGUCGUGCAGAUGGGAGUGCUGCUGUUACGAUCGAGGAUCCAAAUGGCGAUAUUGUGGGGACUUCUUCGGGAUGGCUCACAAUCCCGUUGGUUGAAUAUUGGACUCCAGACGCUGACAUUUUAAGGACUCAUGAAACACCAUCCUGGUGGAAUCGAGCAAAGUUCGGUAUCUUCAUUCAUUGGGGGUUGUAUAGUGUUCCGGCAUUCGCACCUCCCUCCUCCUAUGCGGAGUGGUAUGAUUGGUACUUGCACAAGGACCCUGGUCCCAGCAACCCCACAUGGGUGUAUCAUUUGGACAAAUACGGAGAAGAUAUCGUUUAUGAUGAUUUCAUGGUCAACUUUACUGCAUCAAAAUUCAACGCCAGUGAAUGGCUCGAUCUUAUAGAUGACGCUGGUGCCAAAUACUUCGUCUUGGUCACUAAACAUCAUGACGGCUUCGCCUUAUGGGAUACAUCUACGACGAACCGGACGUCAGUCGCACUUGGGCCCAAACGCGACUUGGUGAGAGAAUUGCUCGAAACGUCAAAGGCGGAGAAACCUCAUCUCCAUCGAGGAACGUACCUUUCUUUGCCGGAGUGGUUCAAUCCGGACUACGCAAAGUACGGUUUUGAUAUGUGGCCCGGAGGGCUUGCUCACAAUGCGUUUAAUUCGUCUGAACUUGAGCCGUACACCGGGCGUUUAGAGAUUAAUGACUAUCUUGUUGAUUUGCAGCUGCCUCAAAUGUUGGAACUGGUAACGACGUACGAGUCUGAGAUCAUGUGGUGCGACAUUGGUGGGCCCAACAAAGCGCUAGAAUUUGCCUCAGAGUUCUAUAACAACGCGCUGGCUAAUGACCGGCAAGUAACUAUGAACAACCGAUGCGGGGCUGUACCGGAUUUUGAGACACCAGAGUACUCGACGUUUAGCGCGAUCCAGCCACGAGCAUGGGAGAGCAGCGAAGGGAUGGACCCCUUCAGUUAUGGAUUGAACCUGCAGACCAAUGAUAGCCAAUACAAGAACGCGACGACGAUCAUACAUUCGCUCGUGGAUAUCAUCUCAAAAAACGGGAACUACCUCCUUGAUAUCGGACCUACCGCGGAAGGCGAGAUCAUCCCGAUCAUGCAAACCAACCUUUUGGAUACCGGACGUUGGCUUAAAUAUUCCGGCCGAUGCGUUUAUGAUACCAAAUUUUGGUUCCAAGGUUCCCAAGACACGGGUUCGAGUCCUGAUGUGCGAUUCUUGACUACACCUGGCACGUUCUGCAUCGUGGUUCUCUCUCAGCCAGAGGACGGGAAGAUUGUCAUCGAGAAACGUCUUCCGUUGCUCCCUGGGGACGAGAUGGUUCUUUUGGGACCGGAUUCAGAUAUCGCUGUGGCGUGGUCAAUGGACGGGGCAAGUGGACAGUUGACGAUUGACGUAGUAAAUAUGGAAAUUUUCGAGUAUGCAUGGGCGUUUGAAGUACGCUAUAAAGUGGAGUGA